AGUCGAGGAGUCUGUUUGGGCCGAACUGUUGCAGCGGGAUGAAGCAGAAACCGGUUACACCAGCAAGGCUGAGAUCGAGCUGGCCCUGUCCCUUGGAGUUACCCCAGAUAAGAUCAUUUAUGCCCAUCCUACCAAACCACGGUCCCACAUCAGAUAUGCCCGCACUCACAGAGUGAACGUAAUGACUUUUGAUAAUGAGGAGGAACUCUUAAAAAUCUCUCUUACCCAUCCUCAAGCCAAGCUAGUAAUGCGAAUUGCAGUGGAUGACUCCAAAUCUCUCCUAAGACUCAAUGCAAAGUUUGGAGCCAGACUGUCCUCAGUUAGUAAACUGCUGGAAUGUGCCAGACGGCUGAACUUGGAGGUGAUUGGGGUCAGCUUCCACGUAGGCAGUGGGUGCACUGGAAGUUUGGCCUUCAAGCAGGCUAUCACAGAUGCUCGAUAUGCUUUUGAUAUAGCAGUCAGGUUUCACUUCUACUCCAACUGA